AUGAAAACCUCGCACGCCACAGUCAUGAUCGGUCUGUCGCACAUAAGCGCGAUAAUUCGAUACAGUUCUUGGCUGAUCUUGGAUUUUUCUGCCCUUUGUUUUCGUCUUCUUGCAUCCCCAGCAUGGGAUCCAUCACAACAGACCCUGCGAUUGCAGAUUAAGCAGCAGAUUGCUUCUUUUCUUUUCCUGUCUCCGUAUUUCAGACUCUUUCUGAGCACUCAGCCAUAUGAGCUCAUUCUGUAUGGCACUCUAAGCAACGUAAUUGGGAUGAACAAUGAGAUGGAGAACAGUGAUAUAUGGCAGGAAAGAUGGCAGAGGAUGAUUUGCUGA